CCUCCUCUCGCUCGGCCUUUGGGGGCUUGAGGCUCCACGAACGGUUCGAGGGGUGGAUGAGCCUCGCGUCACCGACUGGGAAGGAUAUACAACAGCCUUCCGAACCCACCUAACUCACUUGGGUAUCCCAUCGAUGCCCGUCGCUCCGUCGGCGUCCAUUCAGAAUGGGCACUUCGUCCACAGCUUCGUGCAUUCUGUGUCCUACCAGUGGCAGUACCAACUCGGCAGUGGCUUCGACGGCCUUUCCAGCGGACUGGCCGACAACCAUCCCUCCGCUGCUGCAGAUUCUGGUCCCAGGCACAGACGGAGCGCUGACAGCAAUGAGGACGAGGAUGAGCUCCCACGCCCGCGCCACACGCGUCGCGGGCACCGCCGGUGGCCAUACCCAAUCCCAUUCCUCCUGCGAAGUGCAGGUGGAAGGGUGCGGAUAUACGCAGAUGCAGGAGGACAGGCACCGAGCUGGAGGUGUGGGCACACAUUCGCGCCGAUCACGACACAGCGCACUCUGCGAGAAUGGGGCUGGCGUCGAUUGUCACUGGGAGUGAUUGGGACGGAUGCGGGUUCGAGGGCUUGGGAAUCCUACGUGCCUGCCGAUUCACUCGCCUUCUCCGCAUUAACGCCCGGACAGAAGCGGAGACGAGGAUCUGAGGCCGAAGAAGACGGCACGACCUGUGCUCCAACUCACGCUGAAUCCGCCUCCAUCACCGCCUCCCCUCCGUCCGUCGAUAAUACGUGUGGGUGGAAGAUUCACGAUGGGGAGAAGUGCGGGAGGGAAGGCACCGCGUUAGAGGUUUGGUCGCACAUCCGUGCCGACCACUACGCGGUGGACCCCGCGAAGGCGGAGCCGGCGCCGGUCGUCGUUGCCAUCUUCAUCGCCGACGGCUUCGAUCAGCGGCGCUCGUACAAAUCUACCUUCAAGACCAUCUGCGAACACACAUCAUCCAGAUAUGUGAACACAUUUAUGGGAAAGCCUCCAGUAGGGUCUGAUGCGGAUUAUCCGAAAGCGCUCUUAGAAGAGCAAAUACUGCGGGAAGGUUUGGACGUCACCCUCCCCUGCGUGGGGAUCGAUCCUCGGUUGACGAGCAAGUCGUAUUGCGCGUCGCUCGCGUCCACCUCCCAAACGACUCUCGACGACGACGUGAACUUGGCAGUCAACAGGAAGAGGAAGCGAGCCGGGGAUGUGGAGCCCGCCUCCCAAGCGAAGGCGAAACGUCACGGUCAAGCCUGA